ACAAAACAGAAAAUUCAGGGUCACAAUUCUAAUAUAUAUAUAUAUGCAGCUAGCGUGGGUUUUGUAAACCGCCCGCCCUGCGAAGUUGGAGAAAGAAGCCUCCGUCGAGAAAUUUAGCUCUUUCCGUUCCAUCUCUGCAAACUCGAUCAUCAACAGCAGCAGCUGCAGCUCUCGCUCUCAACUUUACAAAACAAUCAAUUGAUUUGACGGUGAAGCUACAAAACUCUAGAAGUCAAUUCUCUUAAUUUUCAGAUUCAUCAGACUUCACAACAAUCAGGGGUUCUGUUUGUGUUGGGGUUGGCACAAAAGCUUCGCUGCAGGAAUAGGAAGAUAUUGGUACAAAGCCUUUGCAUAUUCGGUCGUUUAAGGGGUUUUGUUUGUGUUGGGGUCUGACAUCUUACUGAUUGAUUGGAUUGGUUUGAGGUGAGACUUACUCUUGAAGAACCUAAAGCUGAAACCAGAGGCUUUGAAAAUCCAAUUUUGAAGGAAAAAUGGUAUCCGAGUUAAUAAAUGCGAAUCCAGUCAUCUAUGAAAAGAAAGAGCGGCGGGUUCGUAGUGUUCCAAGUGCUGCAGAUGAAUAUGCUGUUGAACCAAUUGACCAAGAAGAAAUUUUUGAUCAUAUUAGAGAUAUUAAAGACCCGGAACACCCUUACUCUUUGGAAGAGCUCAAAGUAAUUUCAGAAGAUGCAAUUGAAGUAGAUGAUGGCCGUGGUCAUGUUAGGGUCACAUUUACUCCUACUGUUGAACAUUGCAGUAUGGCAACAGUUAUUGGUCUUUGCAUACGUGUUAAACUCUUGAGGAGCCUGCCUUCUCGUUUCAAGGUGGACAUUAGGGUGGCACCUGGAUCUCAUGCAACUGAAGCUGCAGUUAAUAAGCAACUGAAUGAUAAAGAGCGGGUAGCAGCGGCAUUGGAAAACCCAAAUGUUGUGGAAAUGGUUGAUGAAUGCCUUACUCCUUCAUAUGAUUGAAUGAGUUGAUCAUAAGAUGUAAGCCUCGCUUUUCGAAAACACCAGUGUAUUCAUCAGUUCUGCCACAUUCUCAAACAGCAGAUGGGUUACACUCCUCCGUUCACCAGACUCAUCUUGAAGUGUUUGGUUAGCAAACACCGUGAGUAAUUCGUGUGGACUCCUCUCUCAUCUAGCCAUCAGUAUACGAUUUUUCUACCGUGUGUUACUAUUACUGAAUCUUUCUGGCCACUCCAGCUUGUAUUUUCUGAGUGGCGAGCUCGAUAGAUAUGGCUAUAAAGAAUUCAAAAAUAAUGCGCAUUCUUAGAAUGUGAGCAUUAUAGUUGGCUUGUCCAAUGAAAUUUUGCAUUGUUGUACCCCGAGUCCCUGACAAAGCACUGGUGUGAGGGCGACUGCCCUGGGUGAUUUUUAUUUUUCAAUUUUUCAUUUCUUGUUUUCUUUA